UGUGUAGAUGCUCUGCCAUGGUGCUUGACCUGGCGAACCUCAGCGCCAUCACUAUCGCGCUGCCGACGAUCCAGCGCGAGUUCGGCGUCGCAGUUGGUCAAUUGCAGUGGAUUGUAUCGGCGUAUGCGCUCUCGUUUGGUGGAUUUUUGUUGCUGGGAGGGCGUGGUGGUGAUGUUUUUGGACACCGCAGCAUUCUGCUCUUUGGCAUGGUUUUCUUCGCCCUCUUCACACUCGUAUGCGCGCUCGCGCCAUCAUUUGUAGGCCUAGCCAUCGCGCGUGCCUUCCAGGGCGUAGGGGCCGCGUUUACGAUUCCGCCCGCUCAAGCGCAUAUUGCGCUGCACUUUACGGAUCCGACGCGAAAGGCGAAGGCGUUGGGCAUCUGGGGCGCCGCGGGAUCCUUAGGUUUUAUCAUCGGUCUCAUCCUCGGAGGCGUGCUGACAGCUUUCCUCGGAUGGCGCUGGAUCUACUGGAUCUCCCUGAUCGUAUCCGGAAUCGUCAUCCCAGCAGCUUACUUCACCCUACCCAGGACACCCUCUACCCGCCGCGCUGCCGGACCGCCACCUACAGACACCGAAGAGAGCCGCAGCGCGGCUCCCCCACGUAAGAAGCUUACUCAAUCCGUCCGGGAGCGGCUGAUCCGCUUCGAUGCCCUUGGCAUCGCGCUCGGAAUUGGAGGAAUCCUGUUGCUCACGUACGCGCUCACCUCCGCUAAUACAGUGGGGUGGGACGCAGCACCAAUUAUUGCAACGCUGGUCGUGGCCGUUGUGAUGCUUACGCUAUUUGGUUUGCAUGAGGCGCGGGCCCCGCAGGCCAUCCUGGCACCGCACCUUUUCCGUAAUCCGUCUUUCGAUCUUACACUCAUCCUGGCCGUCAACACUUAUGCAGUGCGUCAGGCAUGCACCUAUUUCCUGACUGUGCAGCUGCAGUCGUACGGAAAUAGCGCCAUCCACACGUCUGUGCUAUUUCUGCCGCUCGGCGUCAGCGCCUUGUUUUUCAACACGCUGUCUGGGCGGCUGAUUCCGGUACUGGGAGCGCGUACUAUGUUCAUCGUUGGUUGGGGGCUCUCUAUCCCCGGUAUUCUCCUCUUCUCCUUCAUCGACCGCGACACGUCGUACUGGCGCUUCGCCUUCCCAGGAAUGGUUCUCUACAUCGCAGGCAUCGGCGCCGUGUACAUCAGCGCCAACUUCGUCGUGGUAUCCUCCGCAUCUAAGAGCGAUCAAGGCGCCGCUGCCGGCGUCUUCAAUGUCGCCCUGCAGGUCGGUGGUUCCGUGCUCGGCCUUGCUGUCUUGACUGCUGUUGCGCAGGGUAUUGAAAAGACAUACGGCGAUGGCGCGCUGCCGCACGGCGAGCUGAGCAAUGUCGGCUACCGCAGUGUUUAUUACAGUUGUGUUAUACUGUGCACCAUCGGCUUUUUGAUCAGUGUUUUUGCGGUCAAGGUCCCUGACAGUAUGCGUGGUAGUAUCUGGACAAAGAAGACAGUGGAAGCACCAGUUGCGGAUACGCCAGCUGCGGAGGUACCAGCUAUAGAAGCGUCAGCUGCGAGCGCAGCCAUUGCGGAGUCGGACGAGAUUGAGCUAGUGGAGAGAAACAGGGGAUAAGGUAAUUUCCUGAAGACCAUCGGAAAGAAACCCGGAACCCUGUACACUGGAUACACAGACACGCUAGAAGAUAUCCCAGUUGAAGAUCCCCAAGACACAUCAUCUUAACCCGUCUUUAUAUUCUCAAUCAACUGGCAACGUGAAUAGCACCCGUUUGCAGCUAUCCGUAGUCAGUAAAGCCUAAUGCAGUCUCCAUACUCGGCAAGCAUCUGGCCCACGACCACGAAGCCGCCAACUGCAGGCACGGCGUAUACUAAGAACGCGACAGCCCAUAGUGCCAGCACAAGGGGGUUACCACUCCUCUCGAGCACGAGGCGGUGGUAAGCCACCAUUCCAAAAGUGAUUCCCAAUACCAGCC